ACAUAAUGAAGGAGAGAGAAGCUGUCCUAUCUUUUUAAAACUAUAUUUUAUGGUGAUGUGGCAUUUCGCAUUUGUGAGAGUUCUUCAAUCGACGACGACAACAGUCACUCCGUUGUUACCAUUCAUCUCCUCCCGUAAGGUGUCCUUCUCACGGAAGAUAAGUUCAAAAAUGGCGCAGGAUCUCCGCUACUUCCAGUUGAACACUGGUGCCAAAAUUCCUUCCGUCGGGCUCGGAACUUGGCAGGCGGCCCCAGGUGUCGUCAGCCAGGCUCUCGAAACCGCCAUCAAGAUUGGAUACCGCCAUAUCGACUGUUCCCCAGGUUAUGGGAAUGAGAAGGAGAUUGCUGAUACUCUGAAGAAGCUGUUUGAUGAGGGAGUUGUCAAGAGGGAAGAAUUGUUCAUUACAAAUAAACUCUGGUGCUGUGAUCAUGAUCCUGAAGAUGUCCCUGUGGCAUUGGAGAGGGUGCUGGAAGGCUUGCAACUCGACUAUGUAGACUUAUACCUUAUUCACUGGCCAUUGAAGAUGAAGAAAGGCUAUAUUGGCUUCGAUCCCCAUAACUUCCUUCCCACAGACAUACCUGCCACAUGGAAAGCCAUGGAAGCACUGUAUGACUCCGGCAAGGCCCGAGCUAUAGGGGUCAGCAACUUCACAGUAAAGAAACUAGGAGAUCUGUUAGAAACAGCCCGUGUUGUACCUGCAGUCAACCAGGUUGAAUUGCAUCCAGUUUGGCAGCAACCAAAACUUAGGGAAUUUUGCAAUGCCAAUGGAGUUCACCUAUCUGCAUUUGCACCAAUGGGUUCUCCGGGCACGGCUGGGGUCCAAACCGAAGUCCUCAAGCACCCUGUCUUAGUUUCCAUUGCAGAAAAACUUGGUAAAACUCCUGGGCAGGUCGCCCUUCGAUGGGGACUGCAGAUGGGCAACAGCGUUCUUCCAAAAAGCACAAAUCCAUCCAGGAUCAAGGAAAACUUUGAUGUUUUUGACUGGUCCAUUCCAGAUGACUUGCUCGCCAAAUUCUCCGAGAUCAAGCAGGAAAGGCUGUUGGUGUGUGAUUGGGCAGUGCACGAGACGCUCAGCCAAUACAAGUCUCUUGAAGAAUUGUGGGAUGGCGAGAUCUAAACACGCGAUUUCAUUACGCGUGUUUCCUAAAAUGCGCUUUUUGCUGCUUUUAUGUACUAUUAUUAUUACUCUGCCUCGUACUCUUACGCCUGCGCUCUUGUUGUUUAUUUCACUUCACUACUGCAACUUAUGAACCAAUCUAAAAAAUGAUUAAUGAAUAAAUCUAUUAUUAGCGUGUUUCGCGAUAUAAA